CUUAUUUUUUAUUCACACGUCCGCCAUUGUUGCUGUGCGAGACUUCCGGUGUGGCAUAUCCGGUUAGAGAUGUAAAAAGUAGGAUCUUUUAUUGCGAGGACAACAACAACAACAACAACAACUUUGAAAAAACAACAAAAAACAAACCAUGUCUUCUCGAAAGACGGGUGUCGUGUGUGCCGUUACGGGUUGCCAUAACAACUGGUACAAGCGAAAGUCUUUCCUGGAGCAGCAGUGUUACGACCACCGGCCGCAAACGCGACGAAAGUGUGGAUGUAAAGCCCCGUACGAACUUUAUCCUCCGCCGAAGAACGCGGCGACGCUGCGCCUGUGGCUGAAGGCGCUGAAUCUGAAGAAGCCGCCGAAGCGUCCGUACGUCUGCUCGUUUCACUUUGUCGAGAACAAACCCACGGAAGAUCAUCCUGUACCGGAGAAAUGGCUCGGAUAUGAAACAACGCAGGUGGUUGCCUUAGCGAUGGAUGGGGAGUCGGAACCAAACCCCGCUGUAUCGGAAGAGGCAGGGGAGCAGGUGGAGCCCAUGGAUGCCACUCCCUCCCCCCAGCAGCAGACCACGCCCCCCUCAGAGGAGGCUGGGGAGGCAGUUUCCAUGGAAACAGAAGAUGGAGCCACAAAGGAGGGCGGCUCGGAGGACAAUGAUGAUGAUGUGGUUCUUGUAGGGGAGGAGGCUCCCCAGCCUUCUGCCACAAACCUCUCCCAGGACUUGGGCAGCGCAGACUGCCUGGAGCCACUUGCGGAUGUCGCACCCCUCGACAUGUCCACAGCGGCACCGCUCUCCGCAAGCCCCAGCCCUCCCGCGUCUUCCUGUGCGUCCACGGUGGAGACGCCCCCGAAACCUCCAGCCACGGUGGUGGAGCCCAUCGUCAUUGACGACGAGGAGGACCCCGAGCAGAGAGAUGCCUCCCCCUCCUCUCCAGCGCCCCCUGAAGGCUCCCCCACGCCGCUCUCGCCAAGCGUGCUCAGCAGCACCGAGCCAGAUUCGGAGAUCAGGAUCGCCAGCGUCACCACGCUGGGCUCCGAUGGCCAGAAAGGAGACGCGUCUGCCCCAAACACUCCGCCACAUCCAGUGGACGUCCAGGAGGACAUGAACCUCAUGAUCACCUCGGUGACGUCGCUGCAGGGAGACGCGACGUCCUUCACAGUGACAGGUGAAGGCCAGGCAGAAGAGAACGGCCUGCAGAUAAGCAGCACCUUCAGCCUGAAUCCUGACACCCCAUCUGGUCGACCGCCAGCCUCCUUCAACCCUGGGCGGGGCUUGGGCCCCAUGGGCCAGCUGGUACAGAAUGGAGAUACGGGGACUCACAACAGAGCAGAUUCGUGGAUCUCCCAGUCGGCCUCAGUCCCCCGCAACCAAAAACAGAUAGGUGUGGAUUCUCCGUCGCCCGCUUCGUCGCUACCCAAACCUCCAGGCCAGUCUUCCUCAUCCACAUCAUCCUCAGGCUCCCAGCCUCAGCCCAGGACGGUCAAGGUGACGUGCGCCAACUGCAAGAAGCCUUUGAAGAAGGGCCAGACGGCGUACCAGCGCAAGGGCUCCACACACCUGUUCUGCUCCACCACCUGUCUCUCUGCCUUCUCACACAAACCCGCCCCCAAGAAGAGCUGCACCAUGUGCAAAAAGGACAUCACGAACAUGAAGGGUACUAUCGUGGCCCAGGUGGACUCCAGCGAGGCCUUCCAGGAGUUCUGCAGCACGGGCUGCCUGGGCGCGUACGAGAACAAGCAGAACCCGCCCAAAUCAGGCCUUAAAACCAAAUGUACUGUCUGCGGGAAACUCACAGAGAUCCGCCACGAGGUUAGCUUUAAGACGGUGACCCACAAGAUCUGCAGCGACACGUGUUUCAACGUUUACCGCCGCGCCAACGGGCUGAUCAUGAACUGCUGCGAACAGUGCGGCGACUACCUGCCCAGCCGAGCGUCGGCCAACCACUUUCUCCUCGUCGACGGACAACAGAAGAGAUUCUGCUGCCACACCUGCAUCAGGGAGUUCAAGCAGGCACACAGUAAACUUGCGACCUGCUCGUCCUGCAAAACGCUGAUCAAGACGGGCGAGGUUCUCCACAGCAUCGGCGCGAGCGGGACCAUGGGCGCGUACUGCUCCCUCAACUGCAUGAACAAGGUCAAAGUGACGUCCAGCUCCUUCAUCAAUGCAGAGCCCUCGUGUCACUUCUGUAAAAGGAACUCAUUACCACAGUAUCAGGCCACGCUGCCAGAGGGAAACAUCCUCAACUUCUGCAGCUCGCAGUGUGUCACCAAGUUCCAGAAUGCUACCCUUCAAACGACCACUAACGGUCAGACGCCCGUGCCCACGACGAACACCACGGUCCAGCUGAAAUGUAACUACUGUCGAGCGACGUUCAGUCUGAAGCCUGAAACUCUGGAUUGGGAGGACAAAGUCUACCAGUUCUGCAGUAAGACGUGCUGCGAGGACUACAAGAAGCUCCACUGCAUCGUCACGUUCUGCGAGUACUGCCAAGAGGAGAAGACGCUACACGAGACGGUCAAGUUCUCCGGAGUCAAGAAGCCUUUCUGCAGCGAAGGCUGUAAACUGUUAUACAAGCAGGAUUUCAUCAAGCGUCUGGGUCUGAAGUGCGUCAGCUGCAACCACUGCAGUCAGCUCUGCAAGAGAGCCGUGACUCGGCAGCUCGGCGGCAUGACGCGGGACUUCUGCGGCGAGGCGUGCGCCAAGAAGUUCCACGACUGGUACUACAAGGCGGCGCGGUGCGACUGCUGUAAGGUGCAGGGACACCUGACGGAGUCGGUGAUGUGGAGAAUGGAGGUGAAGCAGUUCUGUGACCAGGAGUGUUUGCUGAAGUUCUACCUGCAGCAGAACGAGCCCAUCAUGGUCACGCAGAAAGGCCCCGAGAACUCCAGCCUGGGCCUCGACGUGCAGGGAACCAAACUUGGGCUGGUGAACCAGGGCACUAUGGCGUACACCGGCAGUCGAGGUCUGAUGAGAGACGUCAAGAACAAGGCGGUGCUCUGCAAACCGCUCACGCUCACCAAGGCCACGUACUGCAAGCCGCACAUGCAGAGCAAACACUUACAGACAGAUGUAGACGAUGGUGUGAAGAGGGAGUAUAUUCCUGUACCUAUACCUGUGCCUGUCUUCAUCCCCGUACCCAUGAGCAUGUAUUCCCAGGUCACGCCCACUCCACUCUCCCUGCCCAUACCGCUUCCUGUGCCUGUCUUCCUGCCCACCACCCUCCAGGGGGCGGAGCAGAUCAUCCAGACCAUCAAUGAACUGAAAAACAAGGCGGCGACCUCUGAACCCGUGGAGGCCGACGUGACCCCCGUGGCCGAGGAGAAGGUCACAGAGGACCAGAAACCAGAUGUAAAGCUGGUGAAGAGGGAGCGUGAGGAGGAGGAGGAGGAGGAGGGUGGGUCGUCCAUAGGCAGCAGCAUCUCUGAGAAAGAAGAAGAGGAGGAGGAGGAAGAUGACAAGUAUGAGCCUGACCUGGAUCUGGAGGCCGACUUCCCUCAAGCCUCAGACCCUGUUCCUGCACUAGAGGGAACAGACAAGGACAUGGGUUUGUCUCUACCUCCAGUCCUGGAGGAGGAGAAGGAGGAGGAGACGCCACCUCGACCUCAGCCCAGGAGACAAGGAAGUAAGAGGCGGGCGGUGGAGGAGGGCACAGAUGCAGCCACGUCCCCGUCUUCCUCUCAUCCGGCGGGCAGACACUCGGGAGGACGCUCGCUGCCCCUCAAAGCUCGCUACGGCAUCAACGCCUGGAAGCGCUGGGCUCUGUCUCCCUCUGAACACACACACGACACCAAAGUUAAAAGCGAGUCCAAACAAAACGUAAAGAAAGCACGGUCUAAAAGCAACCUCCUGUCGCUGAGUUCAGACGAGCUGAACGCGGCGCUGUCGCGCUUCGUCAGGGAAGUCUGUCGGCCCGGCGGGGAGCGCUACUCUGCAGACAGCAUCCUCUACCUCUGUCUGGGGAUCCAGCAGCAUCUCCACGCCAAAGGCCGCACGGAUGACCUGUUCAGCGACGUGUGCUACCAGCAGUUUGGAGAGGAGCUGAAUAAAGUGUUGAAGGACUGGCAGCCCAGUGUGCUUCCUGAUGGCUCUCUGUGGGCUCGGGUGGAGGAGCGCAGCCUGUGGAGCAGCGGUCAGCUCGGCGAGCAGAGUCCCGCGGCUCUGCUGCGCUCGCUCGUUUACCUCAACACCAAACACUUUGGCGCGCGCACCGUGGAGCAGCACCUGCGCCUCUCCUUCGCCAACGUCUACGGCCCCGACACCGUGCAUCCGGUCACCAAGGAGACCGACGUCUGCAUCCGCGUGCCUUCCAUUUCUCAGGAUCACCACGUAGAAACAAAGUCAAAGAAGAGGAAGCGUAAAUCAGACGAGGGAAACCAAGACAACGAUCCGGACGACGGCUCGGGAGACGCGGCCGCUCGCUGCCCGCUCAACAAACACGAGUGUCGUCUGUACGACCUCUACAGAGCCAAGUGCCCGACGUCGCUGCGGCAGCGUCUAGACGUCUUCUACGUUCAGCCGGAUCGGGCGUCCGGCGCAGACGAGCCGCUGUGGUUCACGUCGCAGCCGCUGGAGCGGCGGAUCCUGGAGAGCCUCCUCACCAGAGUCCUCCUGGUCAGGGACAUUUACACAGACAAGCCACGCCCACAGGAGGAGGAGGAAGACGACGAGGAGGUAGCGGAGGACAAGAAGAAGGAAGAGGACGGAGGUGAAGCGUAGCAGCCACUUGGGAUUUUUUUUUUGUUAGUAGAGCCUGAACAGUUGGCACAGGAGCUUUAGCUGUUAGUUUGUGCGCUCCUCCUCCUCCUCCUCCUCUUCAUCGUCCUCCUUCCUGUCGUAGCACCUCCUCCUCGCUGAGUUUCCUCCUGGUGAGGGAAACGACAGCGUAGACUGAGUCACACACGGAGGAGGAGGAAGACAAAAACUCUCCAGUCAUGAAAUAGAACGGCACAAAUGUCCUGAUGUGAGGGAGAAGCUGGGAUUAAAUAUGGAAUCUGAUGAGACACAAAUAAAAGGAAGUGAAGCUGUAAUCUGUCGAUGCUCAAUCCGAGCUUAAUCAGGUAGAAAAAUGUCCUCUUUUUUCCUCUAGUUUCUCCGAGAAGCAGCUGACGCACGUUUAAGCUUUUUACCGACAUGGCGGGAUCAUGCUUCCACCACCAGAGGGCGACGAGGUUCCACCCGGACAGGAAGUCAGAGGUUUAUUUGAAUUAUUUUUCUGCUUCUCGUCCUCACUGUCGCGCUGCAGGUGGAAAACGCGGAGUUGAGUUCACAGGGUCAAACAACUUCAGUUUUCUCUUUCAAAUUAAAGUGAAUCAAACAAAGAAGUGAGGAUGAGAGGAAGUAAAGCACCUUUGACGCAGUCACUUGUUCCCACAAAGUCUUAAACUCAAGUGUCAUUUGUUAAUAAAUCAUAAUUAUUCCCUCUCAGGCGCAAAAAUGUCCACAGUUUUACCGUCAGAGGGAAAAUAAUCUAGGAUUUAACGUUGUUUACGCCCACACAUGACUGUUGGUUUGUUAGAUUUGCUCUCAGGUUGUUUUUACUUGGAUUUUUUCCCCCACGUUUAAGAAAAAAAAAAUCAUCCCUCUCCUAUUUUUUUAUUUAUUUGAUAAAAUAAAUGGAUAAUCUCACAAUGGCAUUAUUAUAAUCCCACCUCUCUCUGGACGAUGCAGAGCCGAGUAAACCAGGUUUUAUUCCCUGUCGGUUAUUGUGUUUUUUUACAGUGUAACAAACACAAGAAAAUAAGAUUAAAGAAAGAACUUGAACUUGAAACAAGAGAUUACUGUGAGCAAAAAGACAAUAAAAUAAAGAAUUUAGACUGAAAUGGAAUAAAAGGAGUAGAAAAAAAACCAUUGCAGUAAAUAAUCCACUGGUUAAAUUAAUUUGUAAACUGCACCAAAAACAUUUAGUGCGAAUUAUGUGACGGCGUUAACGUCAUUUUCUGGGUCUGAGUGAAGACAAACGUCGCAGUAAAGUUCAGUCUGAAGAUCUAAUCAGAUUAAACUGUUGCGUCGUUGAUCCUGAGCCUGUAACUUAAGAGUUCUCGUGUAUUUAAGUGUUAGAGGUCGACUAAUGCUGAUAUUUUUUGGCCAAGUAACCCUUCCACGAUAAAAUAACACAACAAACAUGUAAUGUCUGCACUGCACUGACAUAAUCUACAGUAUUUUCAAUAAAAGUAUGAAAUGGGUCAUAAAAACUUAAAAAAUAUAAACCUUUAGAUGAGAAAAGUGACAUUAAUUAACUUUCUGACAACAUAAAUGAUUAAUUCAUCAUCUUCCACUACAGAUUUGUUAAAAAUCAGCCCAGUAAAGGAGUUGGAUUACUGGGUUAAUCUCUGGAAAGUAUUAGCGACAUCUAAUGGUGACUUUAAACAAGUGCGUCAGGGAAACUACGGUGGCCUUCACGUGCCCGAAAGGACGUCAUUGUCGUACUUUGUGUUUUAAAACUCAAACUUUAAACUGCAAAAAAACCUAAAACCGCUGCGUCGUGCGGCGGGUUUGUCCAUUCAGGCUGCCGUAGAAGAAGAGACACCGAGGCACAAAAUGGCCGCCUUCUUAACACAAGGCCCACAGCUAAACAUGCUAAUUCUGAGGCUACGUGAAGUUUUUCUACAUUGAAGUGCGUGUGGGUGUUCUCUGUUCGACUCCUGCCAGAAGUUCUUUUACAUUUAAUCCACGCUGGAUUUUUGGCAUGAUUGUGACAGAUUAUUUUCCCGCCUCUUCCUCUGAAUCAGCUGGGCUGCGUUCUCUUUUCUUUUCUCACCGCUCUUCCUCCGCUCGCUGACAUCGACUCUCAGGCCAAAACAAACACUUGCUGCACCACAGAAGACCAGGACCAGGACCACACCUGGACUCCAGUACACGGACAUUUGAGGGUGAACCUGCCGCUCAUGUUCAUGUGUUCAUGUUCAUGCGAUGUAGCAUCAUCAAUCAUGUUUCGUACUAAACCCAGACUGGGUUGCUUCCCACACGUGUAAAUAAUCUGUUAUCAGACGCGACGGGAGUGGACACAGACGCUGUAAUCUGAGUUUAAAAAACAUCACACCCACUGAAAUCUUCAACUUUUUCUAUUCUGUUAUUACUUAAAAAAGAAAAAAAAAAAAAAAGACUGAGUAUUUAUUUGUUUUUAUUAAAUUUGGCGUCUUUAACGGACUGGGAUUAUUUUAUUUGUUUGGGGGUUUUUUUACGGCUGCCAUUUCCUUGGACACUGCUGCAGUCCUGUCUGUCAGGACGUGGAUUAUUCACGUGGGACUUUUAUUUAUUCUCUUUUCUCCUCUUUUUUAUUAAGAUUUAGUUUGGAAACAAAAGUGCUCAGACGUCAGGAUAAAACAGGAUUAAAGGGUUACUAAGGAUUACAGUAGAACUCACAAACUCUACGCUUUCUUUUCUUUCUAAAUAAAUAUAUCCCAAUCCCCAUAGAUUUAAAUCAAAUUAAGAUUAUUUUGACCUAUUUAUCGACUCUUGACAGCCUACAAAUGUGCUUCCCAGUGCCGGGAACAUGAGGAACACCUUCCACACACACCAGUGUCUCUCAGAUGUCUUUUACUUUGUCUCAACACCAGGUGUCCCUGUUAUUUUGUGCACUUUAUUCUUUUGAGAACAAAGCCGAUUUAAAACAUCUCACGGCCCAAAAUGUAAACCUUUAAACGGUGGACGUGACUUGAACUGAAUCAGUUAAGCCACCUCCCCUUCUCUUCUUCCUCCUCCUCUUCCUCUCUAAUGUUUCCUGCUGGAGUUCUCGGAGGCGGCGACCAAACCUGCCACAGAAGGUUUGGACGCGCGUGCGUUAGACGCUGUGGCCGGCUUCAAUGCCUAAUGUGAAUGUGCCUAAUCUGUAAAUACUGGAAGUGAGUGACUGUGACUUGAGUCUGAUGCUUUGUGUGUGGGCUGAUCUGCUGAUACGGUCAUGUACAAUAAAUGAGUUCAUUUUCUAAAA